ACUGAAAAUGGUUAUGUAGUUUGUGCUCGAGGUGUACCUGAGAAUGCUUUUGGUGAGCAACCACAUUUUCUAAACCCCCCAGCAACAUUAAUGCUGAAUUGGGGUAUUUUUAUUCCAUGCCAAAGAUUUGUAUGCCAUUUUUUGCCCUUGAGCCUCUGUAAUUGGCAGAUGGUAUUUGUGGUUUGUCUAUAUCAGCAAACUGUUAAUUACAAACUCACAAGUAUUAGAAGUCAUUUUAUUACUAAUAUUAGUAUUUUAGUAUUCAGUAUAGAACCUUUAAUGCACAAAGAUUUUAUUUCCUAGAGAAAUAUGUGGUCGAGGUAAAAUUUUUGUAUAAUGAUGAAAUUUUCAAAAUUUCAGUUUCGGUGUUUUCUUUCCAAGCCCAGUGAAGUUUAAUGAAACACAAUUGUGCUACGUCCAUGAGUGUGAGCUGGGUGGACAGACUGUCACUGAGUGCCACCUCUGUACUAGUUUGUUCUUGUUUGUAGGGAUUGUUUGCUUUUGGAUGAAUUUUCCUGCCAAGCAACUCCAUGUAUAUUCUUUUCUUUGAGGCAAAAGGUGGGAGAAUAUGAUUUGUGUGAAAGACGCUGUAAAAAGCCAGUUAGAAUGUUUCAGAUAAACUUGGGGCUGCGGUGAUGUCCAGCCAAGCACGAGAAGUCUCAACUUCUGCAUUAUUUGGCCAUUAAACUAACGGCUUGGAGGCAUCCCUGUACCUCUUCAGCACCAUGGCAGGGAUGCAGUGGUGAGCUUUGAAUGGGACCUUGCUGAGGCUGGGCUGGAAAGGCGGGAGAGAAAGACAACCGGGUAAAUAACCCGUGUCAUGCCUCGGUGCUUCAGCGCCAGCUGUAACGCGGUGGGAAGAGCCGUUUCCUAUCUCAUGGAAGGAUGACAGGAGCGAGUGCUUUCCGAGGUGCUCAGCUGCCUCUGUAACGGGCUGAAAGAAGCAGAAGAUAUCUUGCGAAUAUAAAUAAACGCGUGGCUGUUCCACCUGGCCAGACCCCGCUGGGAAGGCGCUGACGGGGUUGUGGUUGCACUUUGCCAGACGGGACUUGCGGCGAGGACCAUGCGGUGAAGCCGAGCGCCGGAGCGGGACCGCAGCCCUGCACUCACGGGCCGAGGAGAACAAACAGCCCGAGCAGGAGCCGCGCACCCGCCGCCUCUUCCCAGAGACCUGCAUCGCAACAGCCCCGCUGCCUGCCGCAGCCUGCCGCUGCCUGAGGCUCGAUCCAGACACACCGCUCUGCAGGAAGGGCUGGAUUUGCUGCCCGUCGCCUCCGGACCGAGAGCCCCGCUGCGGAAGGAGAGCGCUGCUCCCCUGGGCGCCCCGCGGAGGAGCGAGCCCGGGGCGGGCGGCUGAUGCUGACCCCCGGGAGAGGGGGGCUGCGCCGGGCAGCACAGCGGGGCUUCCCUCCGCUGGCCCACUAGGACGUGGAGAUCGGCGAGCCAGGGCUGUGCGGGGACGAGGAGCGCAGCCCGCCGGCCUUCCCCGCCCCGCGGGGCCGGGAGGGCGAGGAGCCGGGGCCGCGGCCCCGCCGCCCCCCGCCCGCUGGAUUUGCCGUUCCCGGUGACUCCCCGCAGAUAUAUCAGGUUUCAGAUGCAUGCCAGGUUCCCGCUGAAUGCCAGCAGUAGAGAUCACUCCAGAUGGAGCCCCAAGGUCAGCAUGGCAGCGGCGGUUCCAUGGUGGUGAUUCAGCAGCCCUCCUUGGACAGCCGGCAGCGUUUGGACUAUGAAAGGGAGAGCCAGCCCACGACGAUCUUGUCACUGGACCAGAUCAAGGCCAUCAGGGGCAGCAACGAAUACACCGAAGGUCCUUCUGUGGUGAAAAAGUCUGCUCCGCGGACAGCACCGAGGCAGGAGAAGCAUGAAAGGACUCACGAGAUUAUACCAAUUAAUGUGAAUAAUAAUUACGAACACAGGUCCAGCCAUGUGGGGCACGUGGCACAUCAGCAUAACACGAGGGCUCCCGUCCUGAGCCGGUCGACCAGCACAGGGAGCGCGGCCAGCUCUGGGAGCAACAGCAGCGCCUCCUCGGAGCAAGGGCUGCUGGGGCGGUCACCCCCGUCCCGGCCGGGCUCCGGCCACAGAUCCGAUCGGACAAUCCGGGCGCAGCCCAAGCAGUCGUCUCUGAUCGUGGAUGAUCUGAAGGGUCCUUUGAAAGAGGACUUGACGCAGCACAAGUUCAUCUGCGAACAGUGUGGGAAGUGCAAGUGCGGGGAGUGCACGGCGCCGAGGGCGCUGCCGUCCUGCCUGGCCUGCAACCGGCAGUGCCUGUGCUCGGCCGAGAGCAUGGUGGAGUACGGCACCUGCAUGUGCCUGGUCAAAGGGAUCUUCUACCACUGUUCCAACGACGAUGAAGGGGACUCUUACGCGGAUAAUCCCUGCUCCUGCUCCCAGUCACACUGCUGUUCUAGGUACCUGUGCAUGGGAGCCAUGUCCUUGUUCCUGCCUUGCUUGCUCUGCUACCCUCCGGCCAAAGGAUGCCUAAAACUCUGCCGAGGGUGCUACGACCGCGUCAAUCGUCCGGGUUGCCGGUGCAAGAACUCCAACACUGUCUAUUGUAAACUGGAGAGCUGCCCCUCCCGGGGUCAGGGCAAGCCCUCAUGAUUUUGGGAGGGAGGUUUACUUCCUCCAACUUCAGUUUUUCAGGUUGUAGCUGAUUUUUUUUUUUUCCUUUCCUUCUUCCCCUUCCUCUCCCGUUUUGGGAGGACUGUUCUUUUCCUUUCCUUUCUGUCUCCCCAGCUUCAGAUACACAAGUUCUUCCCUUUGCAUCUUUGCUCUCCUCUUCCUAUUGACUUGGCUGAGUGUGGAGCAUUUCACGUAGUCGUUGCUGCUCUUUGGUAAGUGUGGACCUGGUAUCUGCACCUGUCGCUCACUUGGGCAGGGUCUUUGAGUUUGUAACUGAACCACUCCUGAGAGAGACAGUGAGGGCUCACUGGGCUCUUGAAGCUUCUUGCUCUGUGAAUAUCUCUUCCCAAAGAUGUUUUUCCUUCUCAGCAAUUUAUGGGGUUUUUUUCCUUAACCUUCCGGUAGCCAAGGAAGCCAAUCUUUCCUGAGUGAGCUGGAUUGUGAAAUAAUUUUUUGUGUGUGUUCUUUCUGGAGAGGGAUGUAAAAUAAAGGCUUCACCAAAUGAAAGGUCUGACUCUUCUAUAAGCAGCCUGCUUCUUUUUACAUCUUUUUUUUUUCUCACCCUCUCUUUUUGUCUUAACUUUCGGAACAUUCUCACACCUGAGAAUUACCCUGCCUCCUGCUUUUUUUUUUUUUUUUUUUUACAUUUUCAAUGUAACUUCAGUUUUUGCUACACCGUGUAGAUCUUCACAUUGGAGACAUUGUGGCUGCAACACACUCAUUUGUUUCUUUUGCUGUCCAAUCUUUGAAGGAUAUUGCUCGCUCCACCCUCCUAAUCCCGUUCUUAUAGUCUGUCAGUAUCAGUUGAUAUUAAAGUUGGUGGUGUUCAUAUAUCCAAACAGCCUUCAGGUGUCAUUGAGUCACCUAAAUGUUCUUGAAUCCUUCAAGUUUCUUGUGAUCCUUUUGGUUUAGUGAGUUUAGCUCUGCUCUGUACUUUAUAAUUUUAUUCUGUCCCUGUUUUAUUGCCUUAGCCACAAAUUGUGGUCCUUUUUUGUAUAUUUUAUGUAUAAAACACAAAGUUGAAUCCCAACUAUUUUUAAGACAAAAGUCUGUUAAAACUUUUUUUAUUGUAAAGAAUAUUUAUUAUGUGAAUCUCUAUUAUUUUAUGAUAUUUAUUGCAAAAGACUUUGAAAAUGUACUCAUGUCUGAAUAUAACAAAAUAUCAAUACUUAACGAAAUAAGGAUGACACGAAGAAAGUACAUAUGUUAACUAUAAUGCAGAAAAUAUAUUAAUUAAUGAAAAUGGCUCUUGAGUUCUUUUGUUACAACGACAGGUUGUGAGCUAUGUGUGGAGUUUCUCCUUGAGGUCUGUCAGGUGGCAAAUAACCUCCUAUUGAUACUUCAAAACCACUAGUCUGUGCUCUAGUUUAGUUUACCUAAUUUUAAGUUCACUAACUAUAUAUCAAAUAAGUUUUUUGCUAUGGGAUAUUUAAUACAAUUGAAUAUAUGUUGUGCUUAACAGUGCCAGAAAGUGGAGGCUCUAUUUAUUUAUCAAAGCAUUUGGAAAAAUACAGUUGUGGAGGAGGAAACCACAACUUCCAACUUGGUUGGUUUGUUUGUUUGGUUUUUUUUCCUUAAGGAAUAUCACAUUAACAUGUAAAGCCAUUUUAAGUUUUCCUACAUAAAACUUCCUGGCUGGUUAAAUUGUGCAGCAACUGAAGAAAUUAACCUCCCAAGCUCAAAUCCAAAUAAAAUGCAAGAGGCAGGAUAAAAAUAGUGGUUGUGUUGCUGCAGUUUUGCUAGCUUUGAAAUUUGGGAAUGUGUGUGUUUGGGCCUAUGUCUAUGGCUUAUUUGGUUCUUUUCCCAUACGUUUUCCAAUGUCAACUGAAACUAUCUUCUGUCUUCAAAUUAAAGGCUCUUAAGGGUGA